CAGACCCCGCCAUGCCAUGGCGACACUGUAAAAUAUCAUCUUCGGGAUAUACUUAUUUUUCUAGCCUUAAUUUUAUCAAUGUAUUGUUAUUUAAUUUAGUAACGAGCAGAAGAAUUGACCAUUAUACUUAUAGUUCUAAUCUUCUGUUCCGUGUGUGCCAGUUAUUCACCAAACUGUACACAUAGUGUGUACAUAUAAAGUAUACACUCCUUACUGGGUGUGCGGUGAGGUUUUUGCUUUUUUUUCACUUACCGUCCUCAUUUUUCCCCUCGAAGACGACGAGGGAAAGGUCCUCAUUGUCUCCCCGCGUUGUAACUCGCGCUUUACACGGAUACGCGGGCUAGGGCCUGCGAAUUGCAGGGAAAAAAAAUGGACAUCUCGUCGAUGCUCGAGGUUGAGGUCCAGGAGGUUGCCGAAAGCAAAGAAAACGUGACACCCAGGCCACAACAAACUUUCUCAUGUCAAAGUUUUUCUAGCGAGGAAAAUGAUUUUUACAAGCUAACAUAUGGCAGUGACAUAGCAGCAGUACGUUUCCUCAGACUGCAUUGCACAACGUGCGAUGAACACAUUGGUUCAGCUCCUUCGGAGGCACACAACAUGCAUGAACAUCCAGUUCUACGUGUUUUGUUGUGUGCCAAGUGCCGUGAAUUUUAUGGAGACGGUACUUUUGAGCAAGGAGAUGAUGCCACUGACAUGUUCUGCAGGUGGUGUGCCAAUGGUGGAAAUUUGUACUGUUGUUCUUAUUGUAGCAAUACAUUUUGCAGUAAAUGUAUAAAACGAAACUUCGAUCCUCCCACUAUUAAGAGAAUAGAGGCUGAGGACACGUGGAAGUGUUUUGUUUGCGAUCCAAAAGACUUGUACCCUUUGAGAUCUAUUGCUAGAGCUCUGAUACUUCACAUUGAAACAGUGACAAGAAUUCUAGAAAACAAUAGGCGGAUGAGUCCUCGAGAAGUGGAAGAAAAAAUGCAUUUAGACGAAACCAAGUGUUGUUCGCGUAAGCGCAAGCGUCGUAGACGACGAACGAUGUCUGGAUCUGACGAUGACAACGACGACGAUGAAGACGUAAGUUACGUGCCAAAUGAAGAUCGCAGCUCCUCGCCACCUGCUAAGAAACGCAAGUCGCGCUGCAGUCUUGUGCGUAACUCCUGCAGCAAUGGUUUUGUCGAGCACGACUACAACGCAAGUAAUAAACGUCGCCCAGUAAUGACAAAAAUCGAGCCAGAUUACGAUCCAUCCGAUCUGAUCAGUCAAUGCGAGCAGAGCAUGAUUGAAGGCGAUGACGAGAUCAUCAAUACCAACGACGAUGAAAAUGGCACGCCCUCGCCAGAGAAAGAACAAGUUAUUGCUCCGGGGCUAGCCAAGUACAAGGUCGUUCUGAAUAACUCACAAACGCAACAAACACUGCAGCUGCAGCCCUUGAAAAAAAUACAAAUCAACAAUUCGAUGGGCACUCUUAAUCCUGUACCUAUAGCAAACUUGUUGAAAGCGGUGCCUAUCUUUCCUGCUGGUAGUAAAAAGAUCAAUAUGACCGGUCCUUCCAGGUUGCUAGCCAUGCCAGUAUCAACAGUGCCCAAGAGUGUAGCCGCCAGCAGUAUUUCGUUUGUUAAGCCAACGACGCACUUUCUCGUGCCCAAAAGCGUCGCCAAGACCUUGAAGCCAAUGCACUUACAACCGCAACUCAUAGCACCGGCAAACCCGUUACCAUUAAAGCCUUUCCAGCCGCCAAUACCUACGCUGCCCAAACCGACUCAGCAGCCUGAGCAGCCUCCUCAACCAAGUGUAAUCGAUCUUGACAGUGAUGACGAGUCCAUCAUCGUCGAGAAUGUGACGAAUCAGACCGUGACUGAGACCGUAUCGGCGGACGUGAGUGUCGUCAACGAAGGCAAUACUGCAGAAGAAAAUGUUGUUCCUGAACGGGUUGAGAGUAACUCUAUUGGUGUCGAAAAUGAGCCGAUGAUCAUUGCGUGUAAAGAUUCAUCAAAAAUCACCAGACCACCGACGCCCAAAUCGUUGCCGUACUCGAAAACGAAAAGCACGGAUGAAUCGAUACCACUGGUGAUCACAAUCGAUGGUGUCAUACCGCUAAAGACUCAGCAGCGGUACCAGAGGUUCGAAAAGAUGCUAAAGCUCCAGAGCCAAGAGAUCGACAAUGCGGUUGGCGAACUGAAAACCAAGAUACUCAAGCUCGUGCAAACGUCGAUUUCUCGGCCUUCAGCCUCGCAGACCGAUGCCGAUCUGCAAAACGCAGCCUUCGUUUGCACGAAACGAUUCCACAGAGCGUUGCGGAAGGCGCUCGUCGAACUGUCUCAUAUUAACGAUAGGCUUGUAAAAGACUAUUUGCAUUGGAAGAAAAGGACUGACAAAGCUGAAAAAAUAGCCAACGUAGAAAACGAGCAAGAAAUGGAUAAUCAAAAGAGGGAUGACGAGGAAAAGGAAGAGACAGACAACAUUCCGAGUAAAAAGACAGAAAACAUGACUGAAGUAUUGUUAGAAAUGACUUGCGAGCAUGAGUCGGCUUCGGAAUCUGAAUCUGAGAACAAUGGUAUUGAGUUGACUGAAAAUCAUAAGAUAAGCGCGAUUGAUAUACCUGCCGAUUUUUCAUCAAUACUCGAUCACUUGUCGAUUUUCAAACGUAAACCCACUGCUGUAAAAGCUGUUGGUAACGAUUCGGUAUUAACGGAGGACAAGGCCUGUCAGGCUUACGAUGUACCUUGGCGAGAUUACGAGAAGUGUAUUGGUUACUCGCUUCUUACAAAGGCCGAGUAUGAUCCAGAAAAGAAAGAAGAAAUCCUAAGACCUGUAGCACAACCUGAUGAAAAUUUUGGCAAGUACCAAGAGCAGUAUUUGUUUUAUCUCCAGCAUGUUGAAGAUUUUGGUAUUGAGACUGAUGAAACAAAGGGCCGACCCGAUCCGAAUCACAUUCCAUUAAAGGAUCUUAUAGAGAGUUCAUCUCCCUUCAUAAUGGAUAUGUUGGAGCGUUUGAGUCCUGUGGCAUUAUCAAAUGGUUGCAGGGUACCAGUGCUGGAAAAAGAAGAUGAAACUGAAUCCUUAUCCUCUAGCGCCUUUCCUAAGGAAAUCGAAUUGGACACGGCAUGCGAUUUUGCUAUGGAUACUUCUUCUCCCCCUAGUGAAAAUAAUAAGGAUAUGAGCAGCAACUCGGAUACUAGGGAAGAACUAGUUUUCGACAAAAAGUUGAACGAAACUCCAGUUGCCACGUCCAAGGCUGUGGAGGAGCUCCAAAAAAUGGUGAGUAGGAUGUCGGAGGAACUGCGCAUCGAACAGCUACGGCAAAACCCGGAUAUCGAAGAAAAAAAAGAAAUCGAUCUUGAAACGGAGACGUUGUCUGCUAUCAAUUCUAUUCUUGAUGUUAGUGGCAAAAGUAAUGAGGAAGAACAAUCCAUGGAUAUUGUUGAAAUUUUGGAUUUAGAGGCUGGUCCAAGUAACGAUGAAGACGACGAUAUUUCAGCAUUGAACUAAAAAUCGUUGAAACGAGUGUCUUGUUUAAAUUUGAUAGUUUCCUUUUGAAGAAGUCAAAGUUGAAUAGUGACUUUUUCAUCAGUGCACUAAUAGUGAAGUUGAUAAAAGUGAGUAUUUAUAACUAUGCUCUUAAUGAGAUAAAAUAAAUACAGAGUAUUUAAUGUGGAUAACUAUUUUUUGCGAAGUUUCUUUAUUUGACCGCUUUUUUUACAAUCAAUGGUCAUUUAAAUCUAGCGUGUAAAUAGACGUGAGUGAAGUGAAACUUUUUUAAAUUGAUAAACUUUAUAAAUAAAUAUUGAUUUCAAAUUUCAUGAAUUUUACUUCCAUCAUGUACUGAUCCAAAGUGUAUUGAAAAUUAUCAUAAUCAUUGUUACAUAUGGCGUUGAAAACGUUCUUUCAUCUUGAAUCAUAAUAUUGAUGGCAUAAUUUAAGAAACGAAUUGAUGCACAAUACAUGAAUAUGUUCCAAUAUUUUAUUUUUAUUAAAUAAGAUAUCCUUUACCUUUGGAAAUCAACACGUUUCUUUCAAAGUAUUGUAAAUGUGUUAUGUUGUUUUCUUGUAUUUUGCGAGGAACAGCAAUAUUAAUUUAAAAAAUUUCAAAUUAAACUUUACGGUGAAAAAAAAUAGAAAAAAAAUAAAUGAUGAAGUACAUAAAACGUGUUUUCCAAAGUGUAAUUGUGUCUAAUUUGUGCAAAUAUCAAGGAAAAAUCAUUCCGCAAAAAUUUUUACCAAAUUAUUUUACACGUUAAGGAACUUUAUUUUUCAAAAUACAUACAGUGGUGAUGUUACAUUUUUUGUCGUAAAUGGCAGUUAAAAUUUGGGAAGAAAAGAAACAACUUUUUUUCAUAGUUUAAUAAUUCGUACAAUUACAUGUUAAUCAACCAAUUUCGUACGACUAAGUUGAAAAAAAAAAAAAAUCUACUAGGCACUAUAAUAUUGUUGAUGUACGAAAAAAGACAACAUCCUUGUUUCGAUAGUAUAAAAAAUAAAUUUUCCAUGUGUGAGAUAUAAAUGCAAAAAAGCGUUGAUUCGAGAGAUACAAAAAUGCGUACCAGGAUAAAAUUUGCAUUUG